AGGAGACGAGAUUUAUGCUUCUCGUCUCGGCAGUGUAAACGCCAAUUCAAUUCCACUCUCCCUCGUUUUAUUCGUGUCACAAGUUCAAUAUCCCGUUUCUUUUCCACUUCUUUCUCUUUCUCUCUCUUUCCUCUUCGCUUUGAAGAGGGUCCAAGUCUUUGCUUCGGCUGCUUCCAGAUCUCGCAGCGAUUUGGAUCCUCCUCAAGCUUUCUCUCUACUCUCCUUCACUGUUCUGUUCCGCUUUAAAUUCGCCAGUUCAAUCGCCGGUUGCAGAUCCGAGUCUUCGAUUUUCUGUUCAUCGAUCUAAGCCACCAUGGCGGCCGCGAAUGCUCCGAUCACCAUGAAAGAAGCCCUAACCUUGCCUAGCAUUGGCAUCAAUACGCAAUUCAUCACGUUCACACACGUGACGAUGGAAUCGGAUAAGUAUAUAUGUGUUCGAGAAACCUCUCCUCAGAAUAGCGUGGUCAUCAUUGACAUGACCAUGCCAAAUCAGCCUUUGAGGAGGCCUAUCACUGCAGAUUCCGCUCUUAUGAAUCCUAAUUCUAGAAUCCUUGCUUUGAAAGGUAAGACACGUUUUUCAUAAUCUUCUCCAGAGUUUGUGUGU